AGCCUCUAAAGAAAGGAAGUCCUACGAAAGACGGAAGAACUAAAGAAGGCUGCACAAACUGCUGCCCCACAGAUUCACCAUCUUGCUCAUUUCCCCUUCGGUUUCUUCAACAGGAAAGUCUUUGAUCUGUGGGAGAGGAGACUUCUGUGCAACCAGGCAAUGGAUGACUUAGAUGCUUUGUUGGCAGAACUGGAGCAAACUUCAGAGAGUUUGAAUGUGAGUGACCCAGAACCUUCAAAGCCUUGCUUUCUUCUUGACCGUGACAAUAAGGUGAAAGCAGGAACAACAGCAGGAGAUAAAAAUGCCACCCAGCACAAUAAACGAGCUACUCCAGAAGCAAAGAAGGCACAACCUGCACAUGGUAUUCAACAUCAGGAAGCAGGUGGUGACAAUAUUUACAGCAAGUUGUUGACUCCACGGCCAUUGCAUUCUUCAUCAUCUUCAACCUCAGCUGCUCAACAGCUGGAUGACCUUUUGGCUUCCUUGGGAACACUCCAGUCUAAGAUCUCAGAUGGACAGGAAGAUUUGGGGCAGCCAUUAUCAACAGGAAAUAACACCGCUAAUAAACUAGACAGCAUGUUGAACGAUCUGACUCAUGACAUGCAAGGCCUUGGGGUGUCCAUUGUGCCCAAAGGCAACUGUGCUUCCUGCAACAAACCAAUAGCUGGAAAGGUAAUUACAGCGCUGGGAAAGACUUGGCACCCUGAACAUUUCCUCUGUGCCCACUGUGGAAAGGAAGUGGGUUCUUCCCCCUUCUAUGAGCGGGAAGGCAAGGCCUACUGCCCAAAGGACUACCAACUGAUCCCCAUUUGUCUUUCCGUAUCUCCCUCCAUAGGUUUCCAUGAGAAGGAUGGGAAGCCAUACUGCCGUAAGGAUUUCCUGGCCCUUUUUUCUCUGAAGUGCAGAGGUUGUGACAAGCCCGUGUUCGAUCACUAUUUAUCAGCUUUGAAUGCUGUCUGGCACCCUGAAUGCUUUGUGUGUGGUGACUGUUUUUGCAGUUUUGAUGAUGGCUCCUUCUUUGAAUUAAAUGGCCGCCCAUACUGUGAACUCCACUUCCACCGUCACCAGGGAACCGUGUGCCAGGGUUGUGGAAAGCCCAUCGUGGGGCGCUGUGUCAGUGCCGUGGGUCACAGGUUCCACCCAGAGCACUUUGUCUGUGCCUUUUGCCUGACCCAGCUGCACAAUGGCAUCUUCCAGGAGCAGAACGGCAAAACUUACUGUAACCCUUGUUUUAACAAACUUUUUGUUUGACUUCAAGGUAUGGGAAAUGGAAUACUGUUCCAAGCCUUCCUAAGAACUGUAGUCAAAGGAAAAAGGGACUGGGAGGCCAGAUAUCUUGAAGGAAAUAAGGCUAGAAUCUUGUGCCUGCUCAUUUGAGGUUAAAUCCCACAAGGAGAUUUACUCCUGAAUAAAGAUAUAUAGGUUUAAGCCUAAGAAAUGCAGGGAACAUUACAGUACUGUAGUUUCCAUUACCAUGCAAAAACCAGUCUGCCUCAGUGCUUGCAGCUCAUCCAGUAUAUUCAUUCUAUUCCUUUGCAUAUACAACAACAUAUACUUAUCAAAGAUCUAGUCCAAUAUUUUACAUGAGCUCAUAGCAGCAGCUUGUUUUAUGCAUCUAAUCUCU